UUGGUAGUCGCGCACGUUUGUUGUCGUCUUGCAAUGAUGACGCUGUCUGUGAGCGACACACAUGCGACCCCUGUUUUUACAUUAUGGCAACGGUGCAAGUUAGCGAGGCUGAGAAAGUAUACAUCCUACAUGGUAUACGGGAUGACCUACGAGUGGACGGGAGGAGCUGUGAGGACUACAGACACAUGGAAAUAGAGACCGAUGUGGUUUCCAACACAGACGGCUCGGCCAAAGUCACACUGGGCCACACAGUGGUUCUAGUUGGAAUAAAGGCUGAGAUUGGGAAGCCGAGGCCGAUGGUGCCAGAUGAAGGAUAUCUGGAGUUCUUUGUUGACUGUUCGGCCAAUGCAACCCCAGAGUUUGAGGGCCGUGGAGGCGAGGAGCUCGGGACAGAGCUGAGCAACACUCUCUACAAAGUCUUCAACAACAAGCGCAGUUUGGACAUGAAGAGCCUCUGCAUCAGCCCAGGGGAGCACUGCUGGCUGCUCUACGUGGAUGUGCUGCUUCUGCAGUGUGAUGGAAACCUGUAUGAUGCCAUCUCAAUAGCUGUAAAGGCAGCUCUCUUCAACACUAAAAUUCCCAGAGUGCACAUAUCAGCGGAUGACGAAGGAGGAAAGGAAAUCGAAUUGUCUGAUGACCCUUAUGACUGCGUGAGAAUCAACGUAGAAAAUGUGCCCUGUAUAGUGACCUUGUGCAAGGUGGGCCACAGGCACGUGGUGGACGCGACGCUGCAGGAGAAGGCGUGCUCCGUGGCGAGCCUCAUCAUCUCCGUCACGCACAAGGGCACGGUGACCUGCGUGAGGAAGGUGGGCGGAGGCAGCCUGGACCCGGAGAGCAUCUUUGAAAUGACAGAGGCAGGGAAACGGGUGGGGAAGGCCCUUCACGCCCCCCUCAUGAAGCUGCUGCAGCAAGAGGAGAGCCUGGGAAAGAAGAGACAGAAAGUCGGCUUCCUUGGUUAGGAUCAGUCGUCUGUGUAUGUUCAUGUCUAAUUUUGUAAUAAAUUUUUUUUUAUUUGUACAGUU